AUGGCGUCAGCGACAGCGACAACGGCAGCAAGCUCGUCCUCGGACGGAGCGUCGUGUACAUCGCCAAACCGCACAGUUUCUGAAGUGGUGGCAUCCUCAAGCCUCCUCGAGUUGUGGCCGGCAGCGACGCCAGAGUCCGUGGCCAGCUCCAGCGGAAGCUCGGCAGUCGUCAAUGACGAAGCGGACGAGCCCGACAUGGAGACGGUCGCAGAGAACAACCAGUUCUCACUGCCAGACUGGCUUGUAUCCGCACCAGACCCCCUGUCACGAAGCCUCGCUGUUGUCCGAUCACGAGGCGGGUCGACUACACCAACUGGACCGAGUUUCGAUAUGCUACCAGCAGGAAGCUUUGGCGGGUUCCCACCUACGCCCAGAGGCGGGAUGGGCGGUACACCCAACUUUGGGAUGAGCAACAGCAGCAGUCCCAUGUUUGGCGGCGGGUUUGGUGGUCUUGGCGGCCUGGGUGGUCUCGGUGGUCUCGGCGGCCUCGGCGGACUUGGUGUCCUCAACAUUCCGGGCCUCACACCGUCGCCCAUGCUCGACAUGCCCUUCACACCUCCCGCCGAAGCGAGCCCGAUCCUCUCGCUCACGCUCGAAACGUUCAUCAAGCCGCAACUCGAUGUCUUCUACCAACGCAUCUACUCCAUGAUGCCAGUCUUCAACGCGGCGUGGAUGCACGCCAAGCUGGCCGACCGACGGUCGUUGGGAGACAAGUCGUUUGCAGCCCUCGUGCUGGGCAUGGUCGCUCUGUCCCUCGUGCACCCGCUCAACGCCGACGAGAUGCUGCAAAAGGACGCCAGGGCUCGGCAAGCUACGACUCUACUGGACGAGGUGUGCCGGCUGCGGAGCGGCUGGAACUAUGGAUGCAAGACUAGCGUCGAGUCGGUCCUCACCAGCUAUCUCAUGUUCGCCACGCUGUUUGAGCUGGGACACACGGACGGAUCACAGUUCCGCCUCCUGGAGAGCAUCAUCAUGGGUCAGUCGAUGCGACUGGGCGACCUCAGCACGUACGAGGGGCUUGACGCGGACGACGCCAAGCGCAGGAUGAGGAUGUACUGGAUCCUCGCAAUCACAGAGCGAGCGUAUGCGCUGCAGCGAUCUGGCACCAUCAUCUUCACAGGUCCAAUCGCAACCUCUCCUGACCGUGGUGAGGGCAGUUCCCUCCACCACCUCGCCCAAGUCUUCACCGUCAUCGACUCGGACAUCAUUGCGUGCUGGAAUGGACGCUGUGACCGAUCAACGUGUAAAACGCUCACGGCGUCACGCGCCGUGUCAAUCUUGCGACGGUUGAAGGGGUCAGCGGCGGAAGUCUUUGGCGACGAGGACGGCCUCAUGGGUCUCACAGACUGUCAAAAGGCCGACUUGCUCAUUACGUGGCAGUGGAUCCGGAAUCGAAUCUGGCGACUGGCUGCCGCCCACGGGCUCUGCAACACCGACAUACGAGACGGUGGCGACCAGCCGUACGAGCUCGGAGUGGGAUACGUCGUGGACGUCGCAGCCACCACGGUCGCCAUCUGUCGACGUCUUUCGAUGGAUGCCAUGGACAAGCAUGGCCAGGGAUUCGUCGAGAAACUGGUCGACAUUGCAAGCAUCAUCACGGAACUGCUGGGCAACAGUAGCGCCAUGCAGUCGGGCGUCCUGGCAGUCGUGCACUCGGGAAAGUGGGGGGACGUGCUCCAGUCUCUCGGCACCUUUGUCACGCGCCACCGUGCUGGAGGUCCGUUUGCUGUACCGCUCGCACAAGCUAUGAGCCUCGUGAGCAACAUUCGGCUUUUGAGUGGAACCGAAGAGUAG